AUGCCGCGCAAACGCACCACCCCCAAGCGCCAAACCAAACUCUCGUUCUCGCCCACCGCGAAACCAACUGCGCCGGCUACAACCACCGCGCCGAAGAAAAGCGCGCGCGCGAGCAAAAGGCAGACGAAAAUCGAUGUGCGCAAUAUCGCGCCCAAGGGGAGGCUGAGGCGGGGGAGUGAGUCGAGUGAGGAUGAGCUGCAGGAGGGGUUGCAGGGGUUGCCGGUGAGGGCGCGGAGUGAUGGGGUGUUUGGGGUUGGGGGGGCGAGUGAGGAGGAGGAGAGCGGGGAGUCGCAGAGCGAAGAGGAGAAGCCGAAGAGAGCGGGGCGAGGGGGCCGGGGAAAGCAGUCAGAGAGCGAGGAGGAGAAGCCGAAGAGAGCGGGGCGAGGGGGCCGGGGAAAGCAGUCAGAGAGCGAGGAGAGCGACGAGUCGCAGAGCGAGGAGGAAAAGCCGAAGACGAGGCCGAAACGAGGGAGUCGGAAGCGCCAGCGCGCAGAGAGCAGCGAUGAGGGCACGGUCACGGUUGUACAGCGGAAGCGGGCGCGGCAGGCUGAGUCUGAGGACGACGAGGAGCUGAGAGUCCCCGGAAAACGACGGAGGGUUGGGCGGGGAGAGGCGACGGAGAGCGAGGAGGAGCCUGCACCACCGCGGAGCGUACGGCGCAGACUCACGAAGCGACCGGCUGCACCAGACGACGACGAGGACACGUCACAGCAGAUAACUCCAGACGAGGGAGAGGAAGAAAACGGCAGUGGAGCUGACAGCGACGCCGAGGAGCAGGAGGAGCUGAAGGAGGAGCUGGCAUUCCUACGCUCUUCGCCGCCGUCCGGACUGCGGAGUACACAGGACCGGCCUAAGAACAAGCGGCAGGAGGCCCUCGAAGCGCUCAAGAGACGGCGUGCUGGCAGCACCCAGGAGCCUCCCUCCACUCCGGCCCGCAAACCGCGCGUCGUUGUCGAGUCUGAGUCCGACUCGGGCUCUGAGCUUGAGAUCAUCAAGGAGGAGCCAGACAGCGAUGAAGUGGGAGACCCCGAGAGCUCGGUCGAAGAUGACGACGAGGACGAUGACCGGGAAGCCAAUGCCUUAGACAUGUUCCAGGAAGACGAAGACGACACGGGCUUCAUCGACGACGACCCAGACGCUGUCAUUGGCGAGCCGGACGACGACCAGGCGCAGCUGCCCAUGCAGUUCAGCAGCAUGUCACGCGCGAAACCAAAGGAUCUGUUCAAGUACGCUGUCGAGUGGAUGGUCAUGAAGAAGAUCCACCCCGGCUUCAACCCCAACGACGAGAUCUACGAGCUCACCUUCCGCAAACUCGGCGACGAAGUCAAAGGUCUCGCGUCAUCGAAAUUCACCUCAGCAGCCUGGACGUCCGACUUCACGCGAGCUAUCAACGCGCGGCCCGAUCUCUUCAUCAACGACAUUGGCGGCGUACGCAGAGAACUCCUAAGCGACCACUGCGAAGCAUGCAACCGCAAGAACCACCCCGCCACCUUCGAGCUGUCGCUGACCGGCACGCCCUACAACCCCGAGUCGCUCGAGCCGCUUGACUCUGCCGGCUCCGACUCCGACUCCAACUCCGACUCGGACAGCUCGCUCAGCGCCAGCGAAACCAACCUCAACGGCGAGAAGCCCACGCGCGACUUCCGCGGCGACCGCAUCCCGCCCGCCUCUAAGACGUUCACGCUAGGCAGCACAUGCAAGGCCAACGCGCAGGUCGCGCACACGCUGCACCACUGGCGCUACCACCUCAACGACUGGGUCAAGGACUGGCUGCAGAGCAACGGACACUUGACGCCGGAGAAGCUGGUCAAGCGCGACAAGAAGAGCGACCGCCGCCGGGAGAAGGAGGCGCGCAAGAUCGUCGACGAGAUGGAGAGCAAGGGCGAGAUUCGCAAGCUGCACCGGUUGUAUAAGGAUCAGGUUCAGUUUGCGGUCGAGGCUGUUAACGAUUUCAAGCGCGGGUGGGGGAGGAGGUGA